GGAAAGGGGGAGCCCCUUGUCCCAUGUUCCCCUGCCGCCCCUGUGCAUGCAGGCACCGGCAGGCAGGGAAGAGAUCAAAACCUACGGUCCCGCUGCGUUGCCUCCAGGAGGAAAAUCGGGACCGUCAGAAAAGUUGGAGCCAUUCAGGAUUAGGCGAAGAGUGAGAAACCUCUUUCCAGGAGAAGCCUGAAUCAAAAUAUAUAUAAAUUGGAAAUCUUUCCUGGUUCCCUUGGAGUCCAAAGUAUCUUGUGUGGGAAGAGGGCUGAAUGGUCUUUAGGAGAUUUGGCCAGAGGUCUUCUGAUUAGCAAAGCUUGGAAGAUCCAUCCAUCCAUUUUGGAGCUGGAUUAGAGACCAGAGAGAAGAUGGAGGGACAAUGCCCAGCAGAUGCAGGAGUUGGAAAAGGCCCUCCAGCUACUCGGCCUUGGAGCUGUGGAAAGAAUGUGGCAAGUUCUGGGCAGAAGAGCCAAGAAGAGGAAGCCAACAGUUCAAAGGUUCAAUGCUCUCACUUCAGAAAAGUCCAGUUCCAGGAGGGGAGGGGUCCCCGAGAUGUUUGCACUCAGCUUCACCACCUUUGCUGUCAAUGGCUGAAGCCGGAAAGACACACGAAGGCUCAGAUGCUGGACCUGGUGCUCCUGGAGCAGUUCCUGGCUGUCCUUCCCCUAGAAAUGGAGAAAUGGGUGCGGGAUUGUGGAGCACAAACCAGUUCCCAGGCAGUGGCCCUGGCUGAAGGCUUCCUCCUGGCCCAGGAGUCGGAAAAGAUGCAGAAAUCCUUGGAAACUUUGAUUGAAUAUCCCAAGGGGAGGAAGUAUUCAAUCAAAUCUUCUCAAGAACUGCUGUUCAGGGAGACCUUAUACAAAGAUCAAAGUCAUGACACCACACCAGAGAGUAGAAAGCUGUCCUUGGAAAUUUUAGAAUCACCUCCUCCUUUUGGUAGGGCUGAAGGAUUGGCUGAACCACUACUUCAGGAUGUUCUGUCUUUUGAGGAAGUGGCCGUGUAUUUCUCCGAGGAGGAAUGGUCUCAACUGGAUGCUGAUCAAAAAGCGCUCCAUGGAGAAGUCAUGCUGGAGAAUUCCAGGAAUCUGGCUUCUCUGGGCUUUAGUGGGCAAGAGGAUAAGAAUUGCAAACAGGAAUGCCAAGCAAUCUGUCCGAAAGAGGGAAAAGCGAAGUUUGCAGAACAGAUGCCGCCAAAGUGUGAUGAAACAAAGCAAUUACAAAGUGGAAUUAAAAAAGGGUUUCCUCAGGUCAUUUGGCUUCCUAACCAUACAAACAUCAAUAUGGGAGAAAGCCCAUAUCAAUGCAUGGAGUCUGGAAAGAACUUUAAUAAAUCCGAUCAUGUCAUUUCCCAUAAAAAGAAACGUUCAGAAGAGAAGAUAUAUACCUGCAGGGAGUGUGGAAAGACCUUCUGUUAUCAUUACUCUCUUAUAAGACAUCAAAGGAAUCUCAAAGGAGAAAAACCUUAUAAAUGUGGGGAGUGUGGAAAGACCUUCUGUAACAAUCUUUCUCUUAGAACUCAUGAAAUGAAUCACAAAGGAGGACAAUUCUAUAAAUGCAUGGAGUGUGGAAAGACCUUUACUGGAAGGCGUAAUCUUAAUUCUCACAAGAGGAUCCACACAGGGGAGAAGCCUUAUCAAUGCAUGGAGUGUGGAAAGACCUUCUGUUAUCAUUACACUCUUAUAAGACAUCAAAGGAAUCUCAAAGGAGAAAAACCUUAUAAAUGUGGGGAGUGUGGAAAGACCUUCUGUAAUUAUCACUCUCUUAAAACUCAUGAAAUGAAUCACAAAGGACAACAAUUCUAUAAAUGCAUGGAGUGUGGAACCAACUUUACUCGUAGGAGUAAGCUUAAUUCCCACAAGACGAUCCACACAGGAGAGAAACCGUAUCAAUGCAUGGAAUGUGGAAAGGGCUUUAGGUUGAAUUCUGUUCUUACCAUUCAUAAAAGGAUCCACACAGGGGAGAAACCUCAUCAAUGCAUAGAGUGUGGAAAGCGUUUUAGGAAGAGUAGUGAUCUUGCCUCCCAUAAGAGGAUCCACACAGGAGAGAAACCGUACCAAUGCAUGGAGUGUGGAAAGACCUUCUGUUUUUCUACAUCACUUAUAAUUCAUCAAAGGAAUCACAAAGGAGAAAGACCUUAUAAAUGCAUGGAGUGUGGAAAGACCUUUACUUGUACCAGUCAUCUUAAUGGCCAUAAGAUAAUCCACAGAGAAGAGAAGCCAUAUCAUUGUGUGGAGUGCGGAAAGACCUUCGGUUAUAAUCGUUCUCUUACAAAACAUCAGAGGAUUCACAAAGGAGAAAGACCUUAGAAAUACAUGGAGCGUGGAAAGAUCUUUCCUUGCAGCAAUAGUCAUAACUCUCACAAGACAAUCCACACGAGAGAAGCCAUAUUAAUGGAUGGAGUGGAGAAAAAGAUUUAGCAGGAAAAAAUGCCCUGAUUCACCAUAAAACUAUCCAUACAGAGGAGAAGCCAUAUCAAUGUAUGGUGUGUGGAAAGACCUUCUGUUAUUAUGACUCUCUUAUAAGACAUGAAAGGAAUCACAAAGGAGAAAGACCUUAUAAAUGCAUAGAGUUGGAAAGACCUUUAGUUGUAGCAGUAAUCUUAUUUUCCAUAAAAGGAUCCAUGCAGGAGAGGAGCCACGUUUAAGUUUUUCCUAUGUUCAUUCUCUUAUACUAGUUAUUUAGUAUAUAUAUAUAUUUUGUUUACAUUUAUACCCCGCCCUUCUCCGAAGACUCAGGGCGGCUUACAGUGUAUAAGGCAAUAGUCUCAUUCUAUUUGUAUAUUUUUACAAAGUCAACUUAUUGCCCCCCCAACAAUCUGGGUCCUCAUUUUACCUACCUUAUAAAGGAUGGAAGGCUGAGUCAACCUUGGGCCGGGCUUGAACCUGCAGUAAUUGCAGGCUUUGUGUUCUUAAUAACAGGUUUUACCAGCCUGCGCUAUUCACCGGCCCACUAUACAAUGUUCUUUUAAAUAUAGUAUUACUAUAUUAUAUACAAUUGUCCAUCAUUGCUAUAUUAUACUAUUUUUACUGCAACUAUAUUGUUAACUAUUGCUAUUAUACUUGUGGAAUGGAAUGGAAUGGAAUUCUUUAUUUGCCAAGUGUGAUUAGACACACAAGGAAUUUGUCUCUGGUGCCUAAGCUCUCAGUGUACAUACAAGCGAUGUACUCUAGCAAUAUACAAUAAUAUUAUUACUCUUAUAAACCCUGGACUGUCUUCAAUUCCUCUCUGGGGUUUCCUGUUGUUUUUCUUCUUUAUUAAUAGACAGCAGGUAAAGCGCUGACAUCUAACCAACAUUGCACAUGGCUUAUUCGAUGUCACACUUUAUGAGCACAUCACUUAGCAAUGGACAUUCUGAUCAAAAUUACAUUCCUUAAGCAAAGACUGCAGGUGGUCCACAAUUUUCAACCACAAUUGAGCCCAGAAUUUGUUUCUAAGUGAGAAAACUGAU